AUGAAACCAUCUAUGUGGACCAGCCUCGCUGUGUCCCUGAUCGGCCUCCACCCAGCUGCCGCUCGGGAUGACUUCCCCGGAAAUUAUCCCUCGAGCCCCCCGCCACUUGGCCCUUCGGACUGGGAACGCACGCCUGUCUCGGUGUUCGCCAAGGUGCUCAACACUCAGCCGGAUCCCGACUAUAUUCUCCUGAAGGAGCUUGUCACCUAUGACUGUACCUACAUCUCGCUCACUUUCGAUAAUCCCACUCUGCAUGGGAUCAUGCCCUGGGCGGGCACCCACUCCCAUGUGGGUCCGCAGGCCUUCAUCGACAUCUUCACCCGAGUAGGCCUGUAUUGGGACCGGGGCCCAUUCACCAUCGACCAUAUUUUUGGCGAUGGUGGCAAUGUGACCGCCUGGGGUUCAUUCACGGCCACGUCGCGCACUCUGGGGAAGACGGUUAUUUCGCCCUGGGCCGCUCGGGCGCAGGUGAAUUCGGCCAACAAGAUCUUUGAAUUUCAGUGGAUGGAGGAUACCUUCACCACAGCUUCAUCCUUUGGGUCGGAAAAUAGUACGAAAGUGUUUGUUUCCAAUCCGCAGGGCGGCACCACCAGUGCCUAA